CCGGCCGGCGGAAAGAUGUGAUUCCUCUCGCAAAGGGCGAUCACUUCGUUUCCGCCGAUGAAGCAAGUUCGACAUCCACCAUAGCUUCCACCAUAUAUUGGUGAAGGAAGAAGAUCGUCCGAAAACGACAUUCGUACUCUUCGAAGGCACGUGGCAAUGGGUUUGAUGUCCUAUGGACAUUUGCAAUGCUCCUGCUACGUUUCAAAGAGCGAUGAACAUGACCUUCAAGAAUUUCGUUAACAAGACUCGACUGAUACAGGGAAUGGUGAACUUUUGCGUUAUCGUGUACAUGAACGACAUCCUGGUGUAUUCGGAAUCAUUUCACAAGCAUGCGCAGUAUAUCGAAUGGACACUUGGAGCGCUGCGAGAUGCGGGCUUCAAAAUUGCCCUGGAGAAGAGCGAGGUUUUCCUGUCAGAAAUCUCGUUCCUAGGGUACGUGGUGACGCGAGGGGGCUUGCGGCCGGAUUCGAGAAAAGUCGCGGCAGUUCGAGACGCUCCGACACCCACGUCGCUGACGCAAGUUCAAGCUUUCUUGGGGUUGGCCUCGUACUAUCGUCAAUUUAUUAAGGGUUUCGCGGCAAUCGCACGGUCCCUGACGAACCUUUUGCGAAAGGACCAGCCGUUGAGAACGCGACAGGCGGCGGAAAUCGCGCGAUACGUCAACCGCUUUCUCGGGAUGCAGCAAGACACGGAAGAGAUCCUAACAGACAAUGGGGCAGAAUUCCGAGGCGAGGUCUUGAGGAACCUAGUCUUACACGGUGUCUGGAGCUACGAGGCCCGAAAUGGGAAUGUUGGGCCUCAGCCCCGGGAUAAAUUAGGGGACACCAUGCCGGUGAGGAAAUGUGCUUGCCAGGGGUCUCUGUCUUUCACUAUCAGGCAAUUGGACGUGCCGAUUCUAGACGCGGUUAAGUGGACGCAGUGGUGGCAAGCAUACGUGGCACUCAGUUUUUGCCUCCUCGACGCCGUCUUCCACUGGGCGAAGCCCACUGACAGCCGCGAGGAGGACGAGAUCCCCGGUGAUGAGAUAGAGUUGCUGCUCGUCCAGGCCUGGAGAACGGACACGGAGGGCAAUUUUCUGGGGAUCCUCUUCGGGGAGGAGAAACGAGUGGAGAAGAAGCGGAGGACGACGAAGAAGAAGCAUCGGCAAAGAAAGAAGAUCGGGAAUCGGAUCCCGAUUAUCGAGGAACGGAGGAUGAAGAGUUGGAAGAGGCCGGUUCGGAGGAGUAGGCAAGCGAAGAAGAAAACGCCGAGGGAUUCAAGUGAACCGGUCGGGCUAACCAGGGAGGAACAAGAAGUCGUGGCCCAGAGAUGGCGAGAGGUCGUGGAAGGCAAGCGACCGAUCGUGGAAUCAAGGUCGCCGCCGCAACUGCUGCAGGGCAACCCGAUACUCAACCCGGAGCCGCCGCGGGAAGAAGACAAGAAGGAUGGAGCCGCCGCCGCAGAGGGAUUAAGAAGCCAACACCGCCGACGAAGCGAAUCGCCCUCCCAAUCCUCCCCAGUUUCCCGCACAGACCUUCAUCUACGUCGAGAUGCAGGGGCUCGGGCUUUGUCCCCGGUCGUUAUCCCGUCGUCCCCGUGACUUCCUCACCCUCCAGCAGCUCCUAGGCCGACCUUCAUUUCCUGAUACGUGACAUUCAUUUCCCCUCUCCCUCUUUUAUCAUCGCUACGCCACCCGCCU